AUGCCAUCAAAAACUCGCACAUUAAUUACGUCAUCGAAUACAUCUGAUCUUUGUUCAAUGCGUUUUGCACCUGUACCUUAUAUUCCUACUGAUUAUACUGACAAUUCACCCUAUAAAAAAAGUGUUGAAGAUGUUACUGAAGAAACUCGUUAUAUAUUAGAAGAAUUUAUUAUUGAACGAGCAAUCGAAGAUGGUGUCGAUUUAAAGUUAGUUCGACCUAUAAUCGAUGUUGAUCUUAGUGCACUUCCACAAUAUCGACAAAUUCAACAAAUUGCUUAUCGAUUACGGAUAAUUGGUGAUGAACUCGAUGCUGAUCAAAGAAUUUCAAGUAUGGUUGAUCAAGUGCCUAUUAACAGUCCAUAUGAAACAUUCAGUGAUGUUGCUAAAGAACUAUUUUAUGAUGGUAUCUAUAAUUGGGGACGAAUUGUAACACUUUUUUAUUUUACAUAUAAAUUGAUUUUAAAAUCACUCCAAGAUGAACCAUCAUCAGUUUUACAUGUUCUUGUUGAAUGGACUGUACGUUUUGUUAAAGAAAUUAUUGCUCCAUGGAUUAUACGUAAAGGUGGUUGGUUGGUUGUUUUACGUGAUGCAGUACCUCAAUCACGAUUAACAACUAUUGGUGUUUUUCUUAGUGGAAUGGUUGCAACUUUCAUGGUUCUUUAUUUUUUUCGACGAAUAUGA